UUGACUAUGACAGGACAACGGCGAACGAUCACUUUGCUUUAGGCACCAUGACGGACAAGUUGGAGCAGCCAGACUAUGUGCUGGCGAGCACACCGAAAGAAGACGGGUUGCUGAGUGACACCGCCGUGGCGACCCGUGCGCCGCAACUGGCCCCGUUCAAAGAUUUGUUUCAGUUUGCUGACUCGACGGACAUGGCGCUCAUGGCAGUGGGCACGUUGUCGGCCAUCGCGACCGGGUUCAGCCAGCCGCUUCAAAUUGUGUUCUUUGGCGACCUCAUCAACGCGUUUGGGUCGAUCUCGAGCGAUCGAUUCAACGUCGCGAUGUUCGACCGGCAGAUCAACGACAUCGUGUACAAGUUUCUCGGCGUUGCCGCCGCCGUCCUUGUGAGUGGGUUUGGACAAAUUGCGUGCUGGUCAAUCACGUCGUCUCGUCAAACCAAGCGGAUGCGCGAAGCGUACGCGGCGUCCAUUCUGCGCCAAGAGAUUGGAUGGUUUGACAUGCACGAGCCGACGCAACUGGCUACCAACGUAGCCGACUCGACGCUGCUCGUCCAAGAAGGCAUGGGACGUAAAGUCGGCGACGGCAUCAACUUUGCUGCGAUGGCCGCGGGCUCGAUCGUCCUCGCAUUCUACUACGGGUGGGAGCUGGCCCUGGUGCUCCUGGCAUUCACUCCUCUCAUGGGCGCCAGCGCAUAUUACAUGUCCAGGACUAUCACGGUGGCUGUCCACAGUGGUGUGACGUCGUAUGCCGAGGCGGGCGGGAUUGCCGAAGAGAGUUUGAGCAAUAUCAAGACCGUCCACAUGUUCAACGCGAUGGCGAGCAUGGUGGAAAAGUACAAGGCCGCUCUUAUGGUCACGCAAGCAGCGGGGGUGUCGAAAGGCAUUGCCGUGGGGAUCGGGACCGGCGUCAUGUACCUCAUCAUGCUCUGCACGUACGCCCUGGGGAUGUAUUACGGCACGGUCAAGAUAACCAACGACCAGCUCGGCGACGACGUGUGCACGGGCAGUCGUUGCUACGACGCAGGUCGCGUCAUUACCGUGUUCUUUUGCGUCGUCAUGGGGUCCAUGGCCAUCGGCCAAGCCGGCCCCAGCAUUCAGGCCAUCGCCACGGCGCGAACAGCAGCUUUUGAUAUCUUUGCGCUGCUUCGCCGGCCAUCAACCGUCGAUUCCACCUCAACUACGGGCGCUGUGCUGGACCACGUGCGUGGCGACAUUGCGCUCGACAAUGUCGAGUUCGCGUACCCGUCCCGCCCAGACGUACAAGUUUGUGCAGGAUACACGUUGUCGAUCCCGGCCGGUCAAACGAUUGCCUUGGUCGGGGCGAGCGGGAGCGGCAAGUCGACGAUUGUUGCGCUGCUCGAACGCUUUUACGACCCCACGAGUGGCCGCGUCUCGUUGGACGGCCACGAUUUAAAGACGCUCAACGUCCCGUGGCUGCGGACACAGUUUGGACUGGUCGGCCAGGAACCGACGCUGUUUGCCGACACAAUUGCUGCCAACAUCCGCCAUGGCAAGCCCACCGCAACGUUUGACGAAGUCGUCGAUGCAGCCAAACAAGCCAACGCAUACGACUUCAUCAUGACGUUUCCACUUGGGUUCGACACGCCCGUGGGUAAUCAAGGCGCGCAGCUCAGCGGGGGCCAGAAGCAACGAAUUGCCAUCGCCCGUGCCAUGAUUAAGAACCCGGCGGUGCUGAUCCUGGACGAAGCCACGAGUGCGUUGGACACGGAGAGCGAGCACAUCGUGCAAGCGUCGCUCGACCAGUUGGUCGCGGCUCGCCAACGCACGACGAUCGUGAUUGCCCACCGGUUGUCAACCAUUCGCCACGCUGAUCGAAUCGUCGUGCUGGAGGCAGGCCGCGUUGUCGAAGAUGGUUCUCACGACGACCUGCUGCAGAUUGAUCACGGGCUGUACAAGGCACUCGUCCAGGCACAAGAGCACCGUGGCCCUUCCGUCGCCACAACCACGGUGCAGCCAUCGCAUCCACCCGUUGGAGCAUCCAUGGACCGCAAUUUGAUCGUGGACCAACCCUGUGAUUCAAAGCAAGCCAACGUCCUAGACGGCCAUGCAUCCGUUCGCAGUCUUCCAUCCGAAGCGUCGGACACGGCGGUGCCGAUUUCAAGGGUCUGGCGGCUGAGUGCACCAGAGGGCUGGCACGUUGUACUUGGGUGCGUCGGGGCGGUGAUGCACGGCAGUUUGUACCCCGUUUGGGGGGUUAUUCUCACCAAGUGUACGAUGGUCUUCUUCCGCGUGGACCGUGGCGUGGAUGGCAUGCGAUCGGAAGCUCUCAAGUGGUCGUUGGGGUUUGUGUGCCUGGGAUUCGCGAUGUUGGUUGCAGUUAUCGUCCAGAAGCAUCAAUUUUCAAUCGUGUGCGAGCGCCUCACCACGCGCAUCCGAGUGAUGUGCUUUGGCGCGAUGCUGCGCCAAGACAUGGCCUGGUUCGACGACCCUCGCCAUGCCCCCGGAGCCCUCACGACGUGCCUGGCCACCGAUUCGAUGGCCAUUCAGACAAUGACGGCGGAAACGUUGAAUGCGAUCUUGCUCAACGCGUCGACACUUGGGGUCGCGCUGGGGGUGUCGUUCUACUACAGCUGGCGGAUGACGCUUGUCUUUCUUGCUGUAGUCCCCCUCAUGGGCGUCGCCGCUACGCUUCAGAUGCAAAUGGAAACAGCUCAGACGGGCAAAGGCGACGCGAACGAAGGGGACGUCCAAGCGGGGGCGGUGCUCAGCGAGGCCAUUCACGCGAUUCGAACGGUCGCGGCAUUCAACCUCGAAGACCGCACGCAACACGUGUACGCGACACAGCUGCAGCUCAGUGCGUCGCUGGACCGCAGGAUGGGCUUUCGCGGCGGCGUGGCGUACUCGGUGGCGCAGUCGUCGGUGCUGUUUGCGAUCGCAGCCGUGUUCUACUACGGCGGGUACCUCGUCCGCCACACGCUGUUGGACUUUGAAGGCAUGUUUAUGGUGCUCAACUCGAUCUUGUUUUGCUCGCUCGGGGUCGGGAUGGCGGCCCAAGCUCUCGGGGAUGUGGGAAAAGCCAAGAAAUCUAUCGACCGCAUCUUUUCCAUUGUCGAUCGGCAUCCCUCCAUCGACGCCGAUGCGACGUCUGGUCAUGUCUUGGAGCACGUGGACGGCGCCGUCGAAUUUCAAAGCGUCGCGUUUCGAUACCCCAGCCGGCCCGACAGUUCCAUCUAUUCGGACUACUCGUUGAAAAUCGAAGCGGGGCAAACCGUGGCGUUGGUGGGGGGCAGCGGCAGCGGCAAGAGUACUGCGAUCAACCUUCUCGAGCGAUUCUACGACCCCUCUGCAGGAUCGAUCAAGUUGGACGGACAUGACCUGACCUCGCUCAAUGUGCACUCGUUGCGGAGCCACAUCUCGCUGGUGAGCCAGGAGCCCGUCUUGUUUAGUGGGACCAUUGGCAGCAACAUCGCAACGGGUAAGCCGGGGGCGACGCAGGACGACAUUGAAGAUGCCGCGAAGAAAGCGAACGCGCACAACUUUAUCAUGCAGUUUCCAGACGGGUACAACACGGCUGUGGGUGAUCGAGGGGUGCAAGUGUCGGGGGGUCAGAAGCAGCGCAUUGCGUUGGCCCGCGCCAUCAUUCGCGACCCCGCGAUUCUGUUGCUCGAUGAAGCCACCAGCGCCCUCGACAACGAAAGCGAACGCAUUGUCCAAGCGUCGCUCGACCGCCUCUUGCAAAGCAAGCGCCGGACCACCAUUAUCGUCGCCCACCGACUCUCUACGAUUCGGCACGCCGACGUGAUUGCUGUCGUGAACAACGGCGGGAUCGCUGAACUUGGCACGCACGACCAGCUCGUGGCGAUUCCCCAAGGCAUUUACGCCAACCUGGUCGCACGCCAAUUGCUUUCAUGAUACUGCUGCAGUGCCGAAACAUCCAAAGAAUUUAAACAUUGCAUUCCACUUCGUAUUGUGUGGUGGUCGAUCACGAUGAUGUCCUUCGUCCAGCCUUCUCUGUCAUCC